CUGCGUGUCAUCGACGUUGUUAUUGCGCUUGUGUGUGCGUAAGCCUAUGAUGAUAGAGAUCUAUGCUGCUAAUCGCGCAAAACUGCGCGAAACGAAUGUUGCGCAAAAAGUGUAAUCAAUGUGAUGUUUUGCGAAAGCUAUAACGAGGUGGGUGGUGAUGAUAGUGGUGAUUUUUAUUGGCAAUUAAAUUUCCGCAGGGUCUAUCCCGGACCCGGAAUCACGCUGUCACGAUAUCGGAGACACAUUUGCUACAAAGGCAGGUUUUUCACCUGCGACGACAGUGCGAUUCUUUUGCCGAGCUUUUCCUGUGAAUUACCAGAGAAAUUCUUAUGAAUGCCGAUUCAGGCACCACAGUGGACUGAAUUCCUUUCGUGUCCAAUCUGUUGUCAUGAUUUUGAUGCGACUGUACGAGGUCCUGUAUCACUCGGCUGUGGCCAUACCAUAUGUCGAGCAUGUCUUGCCAAUCUGCAUCGCAAACAAUGCCCUUUUGAUCAGAGUGUCAUUAACACUGAUGUCGAAAGACUGCCACUAAAUGAGGCACUGCUGCAAUUGUUGGGCAAUCCUAUUUCUGCUGUUACUGCUUUGUCGACAUCCUUGUCGAAUCAGCAGCAAAAUUACCAGCAGUUAUUACCAGUUGAUCAACAUGCUAAUUAUCUGCGAGCCAAAAGUUGCAUUGAGGAGCUCGCUCUUUACCUAAAACCAUGUCAAACUUCUGGUAUCAACAUUGGGAGUGGAGGUGCAGGAUUGGUGUCCCGGCCAAUGCAGCGCAAAUUAGUGACAUUGCUAGGUUGUCAGCUUGUGGAACCCGAAGGUAGAGCGCGCGCGUUACGUGCUGCUCGCAGCCUUGGUGAACGCACUGUCACUGAACUUAUAUUGCAGCACCAGAAUCCACAGCAGCUCAGUGCCAAUCUUUGGGCAGCUGUACGUGCGCGAGGCUGUCAGUUUCUCGGGCCAGCUAUGCAAGAAGAAGUUCUUAAACUCGUAUUACUGGCAUUAGAAGACGGUUCGGCAUUAUCGCGCAAAGUGCUUGUGAUGUUUGUGGUGCAACGCUUAGAGCCACAUUUUCCCCAAGCUAGUAAAACCAGUAUCGGCCAUGUGGUACAACUGCUAUAUCGGGCGAGCUGUUUCAAGGUAUCAAAACGUGAAGGCGAUUCAUCACUGAUGCAACUAAAGGAGGAAUUUCGCACUUACGAGGCUUUGAGACGAGAACAUGACGCGCAAAUUGUACAGAUUGCUACGGAAGCGGGUUUGCGUAUUGCACCUGACCAGUGGUCGGCGUUACUUUAUGGCGACACCGCUCACAAGUCUCACAUGCAGAGCAUUAUCGACAAAUUACAGACUCCGCAGUCGUUUGCGCAGAGUGUUCAAGAACUUGUGAUAGCACUACAGCGUACUCCCGAUCCUGGUCAAUUGAGCGGUCUUAGGCCACAGUUAGAAUUACUGGCCGCUAUUGAUCCUAGUCCAGAAACAGAACCACCGAGUUUGGCCGAGUGUCGGGCGGCUUUAGAAGCCGUAAAAAUAGUAGUUGCUGCAUUGGUUGACUUCGUGCGACAGCACGGAGGUUGCAGCGGUCCUAGUGGCAGCAAUCGAAAAUCAGCAACGCAAGAUAACGGAGGUAAUGGGCCCGGUGGUGGUCUAAGUUCAGGUCAGACAGCCGGAAAAUAUAAAGUCAGUAUGUGUAGAGAUUUAGCCCUGCGUGGUACAUGUCCGCGAUCCAACAGUUGCACCUUUGCCCACAGCGACACCGAACUUGACAAAUACAGGUCAAAAAAUCGCAAGUUAAGCGUCAAAAAUUCAAGUCACAUAGACACGAAGAGUGAAAAAAGCAGUAAGGUUUUUAACAAGCAGAACGGCGAUUUAAUCACUUAUCAUUCCACGAAAAUACAGGACAGAGAAACUGUUCCAGUUGCGGUGCAACAUUCGACAAACAUUUCAACUAAUCUAGAAAAUAAUUUAAUCGACUCACUGACAUCGACUUACAUGCUGCCUGCAGCUUCUCCAAAUUUGUCACAUCUUGGAGUGUGUUCUGUAAAAGGAGGAACCGUAAUAGACAACGGCGGACCCCCUGCCGUUCAUUGCUCCGGACAUUUCAUAAUGUCUCCAGGACCCGCCGUUGAUUACGGAUCUUCAUUGAGAGCUUCAACAAAUCUCGGAGUGUGGGAUACUUCGCAAGUUGCGCCGGCGAAUAUAACGAACGAGAAGAAGCAACGAACGGCGAAGAGUAUGUUAGCGAUGUUGCUGCAACGCAGAAUGGAGAUUCUAAAUCAAUUGGAAACGAUCGUGGGCAAACAACAACAGCAACAAGCAAUGUCAUCGCAAAUAAAAACGAAUUAUAAUCUUCAGCAGGGAAGUGACUUGUCUUUGGGUACAUCUAACAAUUAUUCGAUAUGGGCCGCUGCGAAUAACUUCCGCUAUCCUUCCGGAACAGAUCCGUCACCACCAGCUCCGCAUCUAGUUGACGAUGACGGACCUUUCGUAUCUCCGUUAGAUGCAUCUUCCAUCACAUCUUCCCUGUCGUCGGUCAAUAAUCAUGGACCCAUUUCGAGACUGUCUAAAAAUCUGAUAAGGUCUCCGUGCAACGGAGCUUUGCAGCAUCUUACGAGCUUUUAUAAUGAGGGAAUUGGACCAACUACUGCUCCCCCACUGUCUCCUGCAUUCAGAACAUCAAGUUCUCUAACUCCUUGGUAUUACGGUAAUCAAUCAUACACAACAUCUGCGAGUCCUACUGGUGGUCUAAACGGCAGUUUCGUUGAUGAUAAUUACGUUAAUCUGAGUCGCAAUAUUAUUUCACCGGAAUCGCAGUCGUCACAAUUUUCGAGAUCGGAGUGCAUGUCGAAGGAAUUAAUUCUCGAAUCGCAAAAGGUAAAACAGCAACUCAGACAUCUUGAGAAGAAGAUCAAUGAUUUAAAGUUGGCAACGCAAGGAGCUACCACUUUCUUUACAGCGGGAGAACGUUUGGCGCAAUUAGCAGAAUUGCGAAUGAUCGAAGCAGAUAUUAGGGAGAGGGAAAGAGAUGUGCAGAAUUGGAGUAACUCAUACGUUGGCGAUACUGGCACUACCACUUGUCCUUGGAUUCAGUCUUCUAAUAAUUGGCUAUCCAAUCAGGAAUAUAAUCAAAAUUAUAAAACUGAAGAAGAAGAGGAUACGUACGAAGCGGGCAUUGCAAAUGAUAUGCGCGAACUGGAGCUGCGAUGGGAGUUCGAAUUGCGCGAACAGGAGAAGCACUGGUCCAGUGGGAGUGAAGAAAACACCAUCACCGCCAUCACUUCCAAGAAUAAAUAAUGCAGCGCUACUUUCCCUCUUUCUCCUUUUCAUACCAACCUUCGUUUUUAUCCCGUCCACUCUAUCCCGGAAACAUGUAUUUUUGCAUGUCAAAAAAUUCAAGAUCUUCGGUCUAUUUCUGUAAGUAAUGUCGAUAAAAAGGUAAGCAGGAUCUCUUCGAUCUGAACGACUAGUUUAGAAAAAAAAAAACAAACAAACAAACAAAAGUAUACACGCAGGCGUGCGAAUUUAGAUGGACAUUCUAAAUCUAUUUUUAACAAUAAUUAAUUAAAUAGAGACACACAUAUUAAAGUAAACACUAUGAAAAGUACACAAUUUUUAAUAAUUUUUUUAAACGAUUAUUAAAGUUAAGCGAUAUUAAAAAAUAAACUUUGUAUUUCGUAUUGUUCACGUAAAUCAGAUACACGAAUAAUCUCUAUACUAUAAUCAACUUAUAGUUUAAAAAAUCUAUAAUUUUCAGUCACACAUUUUUUCAUUAAGAAAACAAGUAUCUUUAUAUCCGUUAAUUGGCCUAUUUUUUCUUCGUGAUAUUCUAGAAGACAGAAAUAGGAAGAGAUUCGUGAAGGAAUAGUAUGUAUGGAAUUUGUUAAAAAAUUUUAACAAUAAUACAUGGUCAGUGUUUUUUAAACGAUGAUUUGUGACGGGAUAUAACAUAGACGCGUAUAGAGAAAGAGAGAGAAAAACUAUAUUAAUAUAUUUAAUUAUAUCCGGAUCAUAUAUUCUCCCUAUCCAUGGGAGAAAUAUAUAUAUUCAUACGAUUUAAUUAAAUAAUACAUUCUGAAAGAAUGCUGAUCGCCUUUAACCUGAUCGACAAGGUUACACUGUCUCUUAGAAUCAGUGAACUCUAUUUCUGGAAUGCUCAUUCCGAUGUUCAAAGAACGGCCGCGAUUGAGAAAAAGAAUAGGUUGCCAAUAUGUACCAAUUCUUUAUCUCUCUUCCUAAAGCUUUUAUUCGUUUCUCUUAUAUUUCUUGUCUUUUUUAAAAGCCCAUCUUUCUUCUUAGUCCUAUUCUCUCUCUUUCCGUUAUUUAAUUACUAGCAGUACGCAAACAUUUAUAGGAUAUGUAACGUUUUUGAACGUAUAGAUAUUUAGUACUGCUAGUAAUAACGGAACAUGCCUUAGAUGAAGAAAGAAAUUACGCUUUUUCGGUCUCAUUUUUCUGUAUAUCUGGCUAUUUUUCCGAAUAAAUGUUUUAUUCGGAGCGAGCUUUCCAGUACGCGUUAUAAAGUUUGCUGCUUAGAAUAAUAAUAAUGAUAACAAUAAUAAUAUAUAAUAACACGAUAACACGUUAUUAUAUUACAUGC